AUUGUCUAGCGUUUAACACAUGAAAUUAUAUUUUCAACAUUUGCGGAAUAAAUACAAAUUUAAUCAAGACUUUUAUUAUUCACACCAAAGUGAUAGUGCUAUUUGAACAACAAAAGUGUAUACAAAAAUUAAAUAAAUAUCAUAAAAACAUAAAAUUAAACAAAUAUUUUUAGAUCCCUUUAAAAGUGGUUACAAAAAUAUUAGAAAUCUAAGAAAAAACAAGCAUGGAUACAACUACAGCGGUGCCUGAUGGCGGUUGGGGCUGGGUUAUAGUAGCAGCUGUAGCCCUAAUUAAUAUGACAAAUCAAUCUAUAUUAUCGGUAUUUGGUUUACUGUUCGGUUCCCAAUUAAAAGAAAUGCAUCAGGAAACAUUUACAGCAGCUUUAAUAACCAAUCUCAAUAGUUUAGCAUUGAAUUUUUCGGGUCUUUUCAUAGGACCGGCUAUAAAAAGUUUUAAACCUCGCAAUGUAGCAGCUACCGGCUGUGUAAUGGUCUCAUUUGGCCUAAUGCUAUGUGCCUUUGCUACCGAGGGCUGGCAUUUCUUUAUUGGCUAUGGAUUUUUUGUGGGCAUAGGUUUAGGUUUAAUAUCGCCCUCCACAUUUAUGGCCAUAAAUUCAUAUUUUUCUACUAAACGUGGUAGAGCUGUAGGAGUUUCAUUGGCUGGUGCUGGUUUGGGUCAAGUUUUUAUACCUCAUAUUGUAAGAAUCUUUUUAGAAAACUAUGGUUUUCGUUUUGCUGUCUUAGCCAUGUCGUUGCUGUCUUUAACUGGGUUAAUUGGUGCUUUAUUAUUGAAACCCUUAGAUCCCAUUAAACACAAUAACAGACAACAUUUAAAAUUGAUUUUGGAAAACAAUGAUAAACCAGCUAAAGACGGUUCUAUAAUGGAAAUAAAAAUAGGCAAUGCCAAUGAUGACAAGCAGCAUAAAGACAAACAAAAAUGUCAGGAAACUGCUUUAUUGCCUCAAAAUAAUAAAGUUUAUCAAGAAUGUUCAGAGAAACUCGAUCAACAGUUAUUGCCUAAUUCGGAAAAGUUGUGCAGUAAAAUUUGCCAGCGUUUGGUGCAGGCCAUGGAUUUGGAAUUGUUAAAAGAUCCUGCUUUUUGGAGUAUAAUCAUUGGCAUGGCUUUGGUUUAUACUUCUACCAUUAAUUUCACCAUGAUAUUUCCCAGUUUCUUGCAGUACUCGGUGGGCUUUACAAAAUCAACAACAGCCAGUUGUAUGUCCAUAAUGGCUGGUGCUGAUAUAAUCUGUCGUUUAUUACUGCCCUGCAUAACAGAUAAAUUGAAAAUACCUUAUCGUGUUAUAUUUUUAUUGGGCACCGUAGGUCUAUUAAUAUCCAGAGCUGCCCUGGCAGAAUCUGUAGAUCUUACAAGCAUUAUUGUAAUGUCCAUCUUUACCGGUAUGACCAAAUCGGCCACUGUUUUAAAUAACAAUCUAACCAUAUCGGGUCAUGUUAAGCCUGAUAAAUUGCCUGGUGGCUUGGGUUUAAAUAUGAUUUCCAAAGGUAUUUUGGUUAUAACAAUUGGUCAAUUAUUGGGCUGGAUAAGAGAUUUCACCGAUUCGUAUGUUUUAUGUUUACACGCCCAAAAUGGUCUCCUACUUUUGGUCAUUGUGAUAUGGACGCCAGAAAUUUUCUUUAGAUAUCGUAAAUAUUUAAAGGAAAAGAGAUUGGCUAAGCAACAGGAAAUAUUAGAUGUAGAACAACAACCACUGGAAGGAGGGAAAUGUUUGCAAACAAAUGCAAACAACUAAAAUGACUGCUAAAUUUUUCUUAAAGAGAGAAAAAUAUGAAUAUAAAUUUUAUUUAAUUCAUGCCUGAUAUUUUAAGCGAGUUUAUAUUUUUAUAUAUUUAUAAAGUAUUAUUAGUUUCUAAACCGUAUAUUAUAAGCCAAGUGAACAUGUUUUUAAGGUGAUAUUGUCAAUAAUUGAGUUUUUAAGAUUUAUAUUUAAUACUACUACUACUAUUAAUUUUUAUAAGACUUAUUUAAAUCAUAAAUAAUAAAAACACAUUUUAUAUACUAAAA